UAGAUCUCUCUCUCUCUCCCCCUCGUGUGUUAUAUAACUCAGCCACCAACUCUUUUCCUCUCUACCUCACUCUCCACUACUCUCCUCAAGCGGUAGCAAUGUCCGCCGCCACCGCUUCUUCCUCGAUCUCCGUCGCCACCAAUUCUCUCAAGAACGUGUCUCUCUCCUCCAGAUCGCCUCUGCCUUCCGCGAUCUCCGUCGCUUUCCCUAACCGCGGACGCAAUACUCUUCACCGGCGGCUCGUUCUCGUUUCGUGCACCGCUGCAGAUGGAUCUAAGCCUACCAUCCUUGUUGCUGAGAAGCUCGGUGAGGCUGGUGUAAAGCUCUUGGAGGAUUUCGCGAAUGUUGACUGUUCGUAUAACAUGACCCCCGAGGAGCUCAACACUAAGAUCUCGCUCUGUGAUGCGUUGAUCGUGCGGAGUGGCACUAAGGUUGGCCGUGAGGUCUUCGAAUCCUCUCGCGGACGGUUAAAGGUUGUUGGACGCGCUGGUGUUGGGAUCGACAACGUGGAUCUGAGUGCAGCCACGGAGUUUGGGUGUUUGGUUGUCAACGCGCCGACGGCCAACACGAUCGCUGCUGCUGAGCACGGAAUCGCUCUUAUGGCCGCCAUGGCUAGGAACGUUGCACAAUCUGAUGCGUCUGUUAAGGCUGGAGAGUGGAAGAGGAGCAAGUACGUGGGUGUUUCCCUUGUGGGCAAGACCCUUGCGGUGUUGGGAUUCGGGAAAGUUGGGACUGAAGUUGCUCGACGUGCCAAGGGUCUUGGUAUGCGUGUCAUUGCUCAUGAUCCCUAUGCCCCAGCAGAUCGUGCACACGCCAUUGGAGUUGAUUUAGUGAGCUUCGAUGAAGCACUUGCCACCGCUGACUUCAUUUCUCUUCACAUGCCUCUUACGCCAACAACAUCGAAGAUACUAAACGAUGAAACCUUUGCCAAAAUGAAGAAGGGAGUUCGCAUCGUCAAUGUUGCUCGUGGAGGUGUCAUUGACGAAGAUGCAUUAGUGAGAGCUCUGGAUUCUGGCAUUGUUGCUCAGGCUGCACUUGAUGUUUUCACAAAAGAGCCACCGUCUAAAGACAGCAAGCUCGUGCAACACGAGAGGGUAACUGUGACACCUCAUCUUGGAGCCAGUACCAUGGAGGCUCAGGAAGGAGUUGCCAUCGAAAUUGCUGAAGCUGUUGUUGGAGCUCUGAAUGGAGAGCUUGCUGCUACUGCAGUCAAUGCACCUAUGGUGUCUGCUGAGGUUCUAACCGAGCUGAAACCAUAUGUGGUUCUAGCCGAGAAACUAGGAAGACUGGCAGUGCAAUUGGUGGCUGGAGGAAGCGGUGUGAAAAACGUAAAAAUCACAUACGCCUCAGCACGAGCUACUGAUGAUCUUGACACCAGACUUCUACGAGCCAUGAUAACCAAGGGAAUCAUCGAGCCAAUCUCUGACGUAUAUGUCAACUUGGUCAACGCUGAUUUCACAGCCAAGCAGAGAGGUCUCAGACUCUCAGAGGAACGUGUUCUCUUGGAUGGUUCACCAGAGAGCCCGUUGGAGACAAUAACUGUUCAGCUAGGCAAUGUGGAGUCCAAAUUCGCCAGUUCAUUAUCUGAAUCAGGAGAGGUGAAAGUGGAAGGAAGGGUUAAAGACGGAGUGCCGCAUUUGACAAAGGUGGGAUCUUUUGAGGUAGAUGUGACACUUGAAGGUAGUAUCAUACUGUGCAGGCAGGUGGAUCAACCGGGUAUGAUCGGGACAGUGGGAAGCAUCCUUGGAGAGUCAAACGUCAACGUAAACUUCAUGAGCGUUGGGAGAAUCGCACCGAGGAAGCAAGCAAUUAUGGCAAUUGGAGUAGACGACCAACCAAGCAAGGAUACACUCAAGAAGAUUGGGGAAAUUCCUGCGGUUGAGGAGUUCGUUUUCCUCAAGCUCUAGUUUGUUUGGUGUUGUUGAUUCUUGAAUCUUGAAUAUCUUAAAAUCUCACGGGUGAAGAUUUGGAGUUGUUUGUUGGGUUUAGGCAAUAAUGUUAUAUUUUGGCUUUCUACAGUUUUGGUAACGUUGAGAGUAGUGUCUCUUUCAUGUUUUCAACUUUAUUAUGGUUUCUAUUAUUUGAGUGUUUGCUUAUUUCUUCUCUGAA